AUGGGCUCGCGGCUGAGCCGGCAGAGCAGCCUGGAGGAGGACGGCGGCGCCGAGGAGCGCGGCGGCCGCGGCGACUUCCAGCUCUCGUCGCUGCUGCUGCACCCGCAGAAGCUGCCCGGGGUGCUGCGGAGGAGCCCGCCGGCGCCCUACGUGCGCAGGGUGGGCUGGCUGCGGGAGAUCCAGGCCACGCUCCGCGAGCAGCAGCGCGAGCGCGCCGUGCACAUCCUCCGCCUGCUGCGCAAGGACCUGGGCCUGGAAGGAACGUUCCUCAAUGAAGUGCUCUACAAAAACGCAACCUUCCUUAACUUGGUGGAUCCCAUCUCACACGACUUGCUGAUGAGCCUCGCUAGAGAUCUGCAGUGUCCCAAGAAGGAAUACGACCCCUGGAAGUCCUCGGACAGGAUCUGCCGGCAGCUCAUCUACCACCUCACGCCGCACUCCAAGCGCCCCCGGCACGGGCUGCCCCGCAGGAAGAGCCAGGCCUGCCUGAAGACCAGCCUGCAGAAGAAGGUGAGCCAAGACUCCAUGGAUUUGUCGGGGAUCCCGCUGACCAUGCGGGAUGUCCACCACAUGGCCUACUACCUGCAGAACAACGGCGACCACCUCACCUCCAUGGACCUGAGCUUCACCGAGCUCAACGAYGACAUGGUGCGGCUGCUGCUGCCCUUCCUCUGGGCGCUGCCCAAGCUCACCCACCUCUCCCUCAACGGCAACCGGCUCACGCGGGCCACCAUGAAGGAGCUCACCGACGCCAUGAAGGACAUGAGCAAGUUCCCUUGCCUGGCCUGGGUUGACCUCGGCAACAACGUGGACGUCUCCUCCAUGCCGCAGCCCUUGCUCGUGGGCCUGCGCAAGCGCCUCAGCCAGCAGACCACACUGCCCACCAUCUACGAGGCGCUCGACUGCGACUCGGAGCUCUCCACCGGCCGCGAGGAGGAUGAGGGAAGCCAGAGCUCCCCGCCACGUCCUUUCCCCCAGCAGGGCUGCGAGAGGUGACUGGGCAACGGGCCGGCACGUCGAGGCCGCGCCACGGAGGAGUCUUGAGGACCACCACCGAGCAGAGGGCCACCUCCACCGGCUUCCUUUGGCGCUUUUCUCCUGCCUGGUCUGACAUCUCCCCCCAACUUGCUGUGAGACGAAAACCUGCCGUCCUCCCGCUCCCUCCCCUCGCUGUCAACCCCAUCGCCCACGUUCCGGAGAGGAACCAGUGACUUACAGUGAACCUGGUCCCCAGGCUGGGUCUCACUGGAAGAUGGGAAAAAGACCUGACGGAGUCAAGAACAUCCUCCAACAGCCAUUGGGUUGAGGGAAAGGGAUGGGGGAGGAACCUAAGCAGAAAGAGGCUUGUAGAUUACUUCAUUUCUUCCUUUUCCUAUGAACCUUGGAAACUUUGGGACCGGCAGUCUUGAGCGUGAAAGGAGGCACCCCAAGAACCUCACUGUUGUGGAGCUUAGUUAAAGGGCUCGGAGGCCAGAGGCCGAGCCCGGCAGUGUGUCUCCCUCUUGUGUCUGCCUCCUUUUGUGUUAGUUUUUUU